AUGUCGACCAAUCUAGAUGCUACCGAAGCUUUGUUGAAGAGACACCAAAUUCCUUUUCGAGUAUUAGAGUUGGCAGAAGAAGGCGAAAAGCCUUUCUUGCUCUGCCAAUCUAACAAAGUUGGCGAGAAAUAUCGAUCUCCUUGGACGAACAAUCUUUAUCCCGGAGGGGAGCCCGAUCCCACUGACUCUGACGAAAUUCGACUAUUCGAGACCAAGAUGAAUCAUGUAUGGGACGCCUACAAGAAUUUGUACUAUGGACACGAUUCAAUAGGUAGCGUGUAUCUCUUUCCGACUGACAAGGGCUCAUUCCAGGGCUUCUUUGGGAUACAGAAAAAGUGCAGUUCAGGAUCCUGGAAUAGCAUGCACUUGGUCCAUGUCGACACACCGGAAGAAAACAUGUGCAACUACCGAGUUGAGUCUACUAUCAUGAUGGCUAUAGAACCCGAAACAAAUGCAAAGGCCACAACUAAAUUUGAUAUCAGCGCGCUUCUAUCGAAAGAAGUGACAAAAAAUGCGAAAGUACAGCCGUCAAUGGUUGGUUCAAGUCACAUCGAAAACAUUGGUCAGCUCAUCGAGGCCAUCGAAAUCGAUUUGCGUUCAGCUAUUGAACGUGUUCAUGUGCCGAAAACCCAGGAGAUUAUG